AAUACCGCGCUCGGCCUUUGCGGUAGUCCUCUUCCAGUAGAAAACAAAUCUUGCGAAAAGCACAGUGACUUUAGGCUUGAAUCUGUUCUUAAGUGCACCUGAAAUUUCAUCUUUUGCUACAGAAUUCAACGAAAGUGCACAGCAGCCAUUACAAACUCGGAACAUCGAGGGAAGGACACACAAAGUGUGUAACGCCUUUCGAAAAGUGAACUGCGGCCCUCCAUCGGCAACAUGAAGUGGUCAAAGUUUUGCAUGGAACCGAUAAGUGACCAAAUGAAUGCGUGAAUUGGACUAGAAGCAUCGAAACACGGAGAUAAGAGCGAAUCUCAAGACCGAAAGUAAAAAAAGCAAGCUCCACCAAGAGAGUCGAGUACAAGAAGCCCGCGCGCACCGCCAAAAGGUUCAUUAUAAGGAGCUAAAGUAGCAGGAAAACGAGGCGUGUGUGCGUGUGCGUGUGUGUGUGUGUGGGUUGUUGGUCGGUUGGGCCGAUUUUGUGAAACACAGACCCCCUUACAUGGUCACAGACUUUUUAACCAUAAUUUGCUGGCUUUUUGAAUACAUUCAUUAAUACCUGGUGAAUAUACCAAAACCAAAACAAACCGCUCAGCUGCUAGUAUGGCAGAGAAAGUUGUAAAUGAAAAGAAUGGCCAAUGUGACAAUCUCAGAACAUCGCUUCCGGUUCCUAUGUUCUCGCGGAAUGAUUUCAACAUCUGGUCAGUACUGAAGAAUUGCAUCGGCAAGGAGCUAAGCAAAAUCACAAUGCCGGUUGUAUUUAACGAGCCGCUCAGUUUUCUGCAGCGUAUGACCGAGUACAUGGAGUACGCCAAGCUGCUGCGCGUUGCAUCGGAACAGGCGACUCCGCUGGAGCGGUUGAAGUACGUUUCCGCAUUUGCCGUUUCUGCGUUGGCCUCCAACUGGGAGCGUCUCGGGAAGCCCUUCAAUCCGCUGCUGGGCGAAACGUACGAGCUCACGCGCCCCGAUUUUCGGAUCAUAUGUGAGCAGGUGUCACAUCACCCGCCAAUAUCCGCAUUCCAUGCCGAUUCGGACAGCUUCCGGUUCCACGGAUCCAUUCAUCCGAAGCUCAAGUUUUGGGGCAAAAGCGUCGAGAUACAGCCCAAGGGCACUGUGACUGUCGAGUUUCCCAAACUCAACGAGGCGUACUCGUGGAGCAAUGUCAACUGCUGCGUGCACAACGUGAUCGUGGGCAAGCUGUGGAUCGAGCAGUACGGAAUGAUGGAGGUGGUAAGCCACCAGCACGGCAUGAAGGCCACCCUCAACUUUAAACCUUCCGGGUGGAACAACAAAGAUUUGCACCGCGUCGAAGGCUACAUCACGGACAGAAACAAACGCAAAACGCAUUUCCUUUACGGAAAAUGGACCGAGUUUAUUAAAUGCACCGACUACGCAUCCUACGAGGAAUACGUCAAGGAAAAUGCGCACAAGUUUAAGCGCAACGCGGACGAUCGCAGCAAAAGUCCCAACGAAUCGCCUGGAAAUACGCCACGCAAGGUGUUGUCCAAGCUUAACAGCUUGAAAAUGAGCUCCUUCAAAAGCCUUUCCAUACAGGAGCCCGAUGAUCCACCAGAACCGUCAGAGGGUGACAUUCCCAAGAGCGAUUCCACCUAUUCGAUCGACAUUCCAAACUCCGUUGCCCUGUGGGAGGCCGAAUCACGCCCUGCCAACACGGCCGAGUACUACCAAUUUACCAACUUUGCCAUGUCCCUGAACCAGCUGGAGGAUCACAUGAAGCAGCCCCGGGCCCUGUGUCCGACCGAUUCGCGCCUCCGGCCCGACAUACGAAAGCUCGAGCAGGGCGAUCUGGAUGGUGCGGCAGCGGAGAAAACGCGACUCGAAGAGAAACAACGCGAAACCCGCAAGAAAAGCAAAAAAGGUCAGGAGGAGCUGGUAAUCUUUCCCCGAUGGUUCAAACAGGAAACCAAUCCACACACCAAGCAAGAGGAUUGGAUCUACAAGGGCGGUUACUGGGAGCGUAACGAUGACAAUCUGGAGCUGGAUAUAUUUUAAAUGCUCUUCCAAACGUACCGUGGACAGACAGACAUACAAAUGACCCGUUGAAGUGAAAUGCUACCGUUACUACUAUUUACUACUCAGUGUACCAUCAUUACACGCAGGAAUGCAAGAUCUUUCCUGAUUUUUCGCACAUUGUGCGAGAACUUUCGUUUGCUUCAUCCCAUCAACAUAAGGCGGACUUACUUUUUCCCAAAUUUCCCGACGCUAACGGACACUAAGUAAUUGAAUUGAUGUAAUGGAAUUAUGUGAACAGGCAGGAACACAAGUUUAAUGCUAUUUUUGCUACCAACACUAUACACAGCGGUCCUCCAUUUCCAGUCCACAACCAAAAUGAUGAGUAUGAAUAGAGCAAAACACGAAACAGGCAUGAAACAUGGUACACAUUUCCGGGAACCAAAUACGGAAACACUUGGGACAAUAUAAUUUUAGAUUGUAAGAUGUACGAGUGUCGCAGCAAUUUUGGAGCCUCAUUUUACAACCAUUUAACCACAUUCACAAACAAGCAACACAAACACAUACUCUAAAGCAACAUGGGAAAGGGACAAUAGAAAGAUUUGGGUCAAUUAAUGACAACAUAUUGCACAGAAACUGGCUUCACACAGCCAACAGCAGGCAGGCAAUAUUAGGCAUUACAUGCGUUUUUGCGAUUCCUUUAGAACAAAAACAAAAAAAACGAACUGGCCGUUACUUUCUGUAGUCGCGUCAUACAGCAGCGCUGCAUCGUAUCAAUGAACGAGCAAAUGCUUCAUCAGUAGAAGAGAUGGAUAUAAAUAUGUAGAAGUCUUACAAUACAGUGUAUCAAACCGUAGCAGAAGUCCUCCCCCCUUACAAUUUACUAUAGCAUAAUUUGUUGAGGUGUCUAUAACAACAGAAAGAAAUGUAACGCAAAGUUACUACAGCGUAUCUAUUACUAGAAAUGUAAAUGUAUCUCUCAGCUACGUUGGGACAUGUUACAACAUACAAUAUAAGGUUAAU